AUGUCGGAUGGGACAAACUUAACGGCUCUUCUGUCGCUUCAGUCACAGAGAGUCGCCUCCGUCAUGAUGUGCAACGCAAAGUUCGCGGCUACCUUUGCCGGCCUCCUCGCCUCCGCGAGCGCAGGUCCCAGCGUGCAACUCGACAACGGCCUCACGGUCCAGGGCCGGAUCGCCCCCGACGCUGUCAACGUCGCCGAGUUCCUUGGCAUCCCCUACGCGGCGCCGCCUCUCGACGAUUUGCGCUGGGAACCCCCUCAGCCCUACGUCGUUCCCCAGUCAAGCACUCCUUUCGCCAAUGGAACCGUCCUCAACGCCACGGCGCUACCGCCCUCAUGCUGGCAGUACAUUUCCAUCCACCCGGCCAUCCAGCGCGUGGAUAUGCCUCAGAACUGGAUCCAGCGCUCGCAGUCGCACAUCUUCGUUACGUUCAACUACCGCAUGAAGCUCUUCGGUUUCCCCAACUCUGCCGCGCUGAAGGAGCAGAACCUCGGACUGAUGGACCAGCGCUUCGCUGUCGAGUGGAUCCGCGACAACAUCGCACAGUUUGGUGGUGACCCUGAGCGCAUGACUAUUUGGGGCCACUCCGCCGGUUCCAUCGCUGUAGACUACUACAGCUUCGCGUACGCCGAGGACCCUAUCGUCAGGGGCCUCAUCAUGGACUCCGGUACGGCUCACCUGGACCAGCUGAUGAACCACGACGAGACCCACUCCAAUUUCACGUUCGUCGCACAGCAGCUUGGUUGUGGCAACUCGACAACUCCUGAGGCUGAGUUGGCAUGCAUGCGCAAGAUUCCUGCAGAGAAGCUUGAGAACUUUGUGGCCACUUACAAGGACUCUGAGGUCACGCCUACCAUUGGCUUCUCUCCCCAGAUUGACAACAAGAUUGUCUUUGCCAACUACACCGAGAAGGCUGCUCUUGGCGAGCUGUCCGAUCUUCCCGCAAUCAUUGGAUUCAACGCCGCAGAGGGUCUCUUCCUUGCCCCUUACGAUGCGGAGAACGGCCCCGACCCCGCCGUCGCUGAUGCCUUGUCCUACCAGUUCUUCUGGUGCCCUGCCACCAAGACCACUAAUGAGCGUCUGGCCGCGGGAAGGACCACAUACCGCUACUACUACUCUGCCGUGUUCAACAACACCUCGCCUCGCCCGUGGAUGGGUGCUUACCAUGGUAGCGAGCUUCCCAUGAUCUUUGGCACACACGCCGACUUCCGUGGUAACUCCACCGCGUUCGAGUAUGAGCUCAGCCACGUCAUGAUGGAUGCGUAUGCCGCUUUCGUGAAGGACUCGACCGCGGGUCUGGACGCUAUCGGAUGGCCUGUCUACACGGCUGAGGAGCGUCUUGUUCGUAGCUACGGCCAGAACAACAAUGUCACCGUCGGCAAGCGCACGCUGUCUGAUAUUGAGACAGAGUGUGCAAGCCAGGGGCUUUUGUAG